AUGAAAUCCAAUUAUGUUCUCUUCGUGACGUUUUACUUGGUGGCCUGUAUAUCUGCCAUGUCAAUGGCUUUUGAAAAAUAUGGAGAUUACAUGGGAUUCUACACUUGUAACAGGCAAAUUAAAACAUCCGUGACAUUUUGCGGAAAGUCAUCGAAUUACUAUUGUUUGUGUACCAAUAAAAACUCGUUGGCUACCUACGCUGGUUGUCUAACACAUAACCAUAGGAACUCCACAAAACAGUUGGAAAAACUUGUUUCCUUCUGCAAGAGAUAUGGUGGUGUUGAUGUUGAAGAGCAUUGGUUUGACAAUGCUUACCAGAACUUUGUUGAAAAUUCGAAAACUGCCCUGGAGAUUUCCAAUUUUACCAAAUCAGUUCCUCUAACUGUUCCAUUUAAAUUUGAAGAUAGUCAAUUAGAUCUUUUUGCCAAAGCGUAUAAACAAUACUUGAAUAACUAUGAUGAUUCCGUUUAUUAUGGUGGAUCACUACUUGCUUAUUGGCUACUAAUCAUGAUACUUUAUGGGGUUGUUCAUUGGACAAAGUAUCUAUUCCCUGGUUUUGCCAGCAAACUUACUUGUACACCAGUCAAUAUUUGGAGGAGAUACAUUUCGAUGCCUGCUACAUUCAGAAGAAAGAAGUGCCAAGAACAAAGAUUGUUAAUGUUCUUUGAUUUCUUGGUUCCUUCUAGACUUGAAACUAUUGUCAUUGCCUUGUUUUAUGGUCUUACUAUUCUUGUCAAUGCCAUUAGAACUGGAUACGUAGAAAAUGAUCCAUUCCUUGGUGAUCGUUAUGAAGCAAAAUUGAGAUAUGUUGCUGAUAGAACAGGGAUAAUUCCAACCGUUAUGAUGCCACUCAUUUUUCUUUUUGGUGGUCGAAACAACUUCUUUCAAUGGCUAACUGGGAUGAACUAUAAUGUAUUCAUGACUUACCACCGCCAUGUUGCUAGAGUUAUGUUUGCACUUGUUGUUAUUCAUGCUGCUUGUUAUAGUGUAAUUUUUGUCAAAGUGAGAGAAGAUUACUCUGGGAACAUGAAGGCAACAUAUAUGAUAUGGGGGACCAUUGCAACAGUCGCGGGAGGAAUGAUCUUGUUUCUGGGAAUGCUCUACAUCAGAAGACGCUGGUAUGAAAUGUUUUUGUUUGUUCAUAUAGUGCUUGCAGCAAUUUAUAUUGCAGGUACUUGGUUGCAUGUGGCAGAUUAUGGAUAUCUUUGCUUUGUCUAUCCAGCAAUAGCAGUAUGGUGUUUUGAUAGAGUUGUUAGAAUCGGUAGAUUAAUUUCAUUUGGGUUCCCACAGGCAGAUAUUGAAUUAUUGCAAAAUAAUACAUUAAAGAUAAUUAUCCCGAAACCAAACUACUGGAAAGCUAUUCCAGGUGGCCAUGGGUUUAUUCACUUUAUCAAACCAAGUUGUUUCUGGCAAUCGCACCCAUUUACUUUUGUUGAAUCACCUAAUGGUCAAAAUAUUGUCUUAUAUUGCAAAGUUAAAGGUGGUGUGACCCAUAGUCUUCACCGCAUGUUGAUUAAUAUGCCGGGAAGAAGUUCAAAGUCAAGAGUUACUCUAGAAGGACCAUAUGGCGAGUCGACCCCUGCAAAAUAUGCAGACACUGCUGUGUUUAUAGCUGGUGGUAAUGGUAUCCCUGGUAUAUACUCUGAAGUCACAGAUAUUGCAAAAGGAUUGCUGCUGGAAUCAAAGAAAGUGAUAAAGUUAAUUUGGGUUGUUAAAGACUAUACAUCUAUGACGUGGUUUUUAAACAAGUUGGAACACUUGAAUGAAUUAAACAUUCAAACUACUAUUUAUAUUACUAGAAAAAAAGUUACUAACUUCGAAAGUGAUAAAAAAGUCGAAACUUCCACAGAUGACGAGACAGAAUCCAUAAAGUCGAUUCUUCCUAAUAUACUGUUUAAGGAAGGUAGACCCAUGAUUGGUGAUAUUGUUUCCAACGAAAUUCAUGAAUCCAUUGGCUCUGUGGCAUUUGUCGCUUGUGGCCAUCCGGCUAUGGUUGAUGAAAUUCGUUAUUUUGCUUGUCAAAACAUAGGAAAUCCAGAAAACAAGAGAGUUGAUUUCUAUGAGCAACUACAAGUCUGGGCUUAG